AAGGCAUUCGGGUAGUUGUAGUUUUGCUAAACCUAGAAAGUUUAAAAUUGUAAGCGAGAAGGUCGAGGGGCCUGACGGGAUAUGUAGUCGGCGCGAUCGCUGGACGCGCACGCGCAACUGUGUUCGGGGCGGGGCCGCGGCACUGCGGUGAAAGCCGAGGCAGCGGGCAAGCGAGCAGGGGGUGGGCGGACAUCUUGGGAUCUGGAGAGUGGCCGGGCGGGCCGAGCAGGGGGUCGCGGAGACCAGGUCUGUUCUCAGAGCGAUGGGCCUUGGAGACUGAGCUGCCGCCAUGAUUGGAGGCUUAUUCAUCUAUAAUCACAAGGGGGAGGUGCUCAUCUCCCGGGUCUACCGAGAUGACAUCGGGAGGAAUGCAGUGGAUGCCUUUCGGGUCAAUGUUAUCCACGCCCGGCAGCAGGUUCGCAGCCCCGUCACCAACAUCGCUCGCACCAGUUUCUUCCAUGUUAAGCGGUCCAACAUCUGGUUGGCAGCUGUCACCAAGCAGAAUGUCAAUGCUGCCAUGGUCUUCGAAUUCCUCUAUAAGAUGUGUGACGUAAUGGCUGCCUACUUUGGCAAGAUCAGCGAGGAGAACAUCAAGAACAAUUUUGUGCUCAUAUAUGAGCUGCUGGAUGAGAUCCUGGACUUUGGCUAUCCACAGAAUUCAGAGACAGGAGCACUGAAAACCUUCAUCACUCAGCAGGGUAUCAAGAGCCAGCAUCAGACAAAAGAAGAGCAAUCCCAGAUCACCAGCCAGGUGACCGGGCAGAUUGGCUGGCGGCGGGAGGGCAUCAAGUAUCGCCGGAAUGAGCUCUUCUUGGAUGUGCUGGAGAGUGUGAACCUCCUCAUGUCCCCCCAGGGGCAGGUGCUGAGUGCCCAUGUGUCAGGCCGGGUGGUGAUGAAGAGCUACCUGAGUGGCAUGCCUGAGUGCAAGUUUGGGAUGAAUGACAAGAUUGUCAUUGAGAAGCAAGGCAAAGGCACAGCUGAUGAAACAAGCAAGAGUGGGAAGCAAUCAAUUGCCAUCGAUGACUGCACCUUCCACCAGUGUGUGCGACUCAGCAAGUUUGACUCUGAACGCAGCAUCAGCUUCAUCCCACCAGAUGGAGAGUUUGAGCUAAUGAGGUAUCGUACCACCAAGGACAUCAUCCUUCCUUUCCGGGUGAUCCCACUAGUGCGAGAAGUGGGACGCACCAAGCUGGAGGUUAAGGUGGUCAUCAAGUCCAAUUUCAAGCCCUCAUUACUGGCUCAGAAGAUUGAGGUGAGGAUCCCAACCCCACUGAACACAAGCGGGGUACAGGAAUCGCAAAUCAGCGCAGAGAUUGAACUUCUGCCCACCAAUGACAAGAAGAAAUGGGCUCGACCCCCCAUUUCCAUGAACUUUGAGGUGCCAUUCGCACCCUCUGGCCUCAAGGUGCGCUACUUGAAGGUGUUUGAACCGAAGCUGAACUACAGCGACCACGAUGUCAUCAAAUGGGUGCGCUACAUUGGCCGCAGUGGCAUUUAUGAGACCCGCUGCUAGCUGCCUAGUAGCAGCUAGCCUGUCUCCCCACCCGCCCUUUUCCACAGGUCUGGGUGCCCUGGGCCACCACACUUCAGUGUCUCCUCCCUCCUGCUUUGCUGCCUUCCCUUUGCACCAGCCCCUGAGUCUAGGUCUGGACCAACCACAUUGCGAGUGGGACUGGUGGAGCAGUCCCCGGGCUCCCUGGGAGGGUGGUUUCUGGGGCUCCUACUUCACCAUCCGUCUGCCCUGGCCCAAUGCCAGGCUCUGUGUUCUGUGACCAAAGCCAGGUGGGCUCCCUCUCCUCCCCUCCCCUGUGGCCACAUCUCUCUGGAGUGGGAGGGUUGGCUGCCCCUCACCUCGGAGCUCCCCCAAAGGCCAGUAACGGAUCCCUAGCCCUCAAUCCCUACUCUGCUUUGGAAUAGUGUGAGCUUCAUUUUGUACACGUGUGACUUUGUCCAGUUAUAAACUCAAUAAACUCUGUAGAGCGGA